AUGUUCCCAUCGACAUUUCCCAACUUGGAACCACAUCCCCAGCAGCCUCACGCCUCGAUUCCAAUGGCCGACACUACUAGUUCCAAAAAAGUCGCCAUUCCACGUCUGGCGCCUUCAACGGCCUAUCGUGCACGGAGACGUUCGACCAGAGCCUGCGAAACGUGUCGUUUGAGAAAGACCAAAUGCGACGGCACGCGACCGAGUUGUGGGCAAUGCGUGGCACAAAACAACAAGUGCGUGUAUGAGGACAUUAAACGGGUUCGCGAUCAAAAAUUGUUGGGGUUGCUGUCGAAACGCACGGAGGAGUAUGAGUCCUUGUUGAGGGAUCUGGAGGGAAGAGUGGACGGGCCGACGGCGAGGAAGAUUCGAAAAGCGCUCAAGAAAUGUCAGAGCAAAGAUCGCAAGCCUUCCAAGAGUAAUGAGAGCGCAGCUGUGGACGAUUCUGACUCGGAUUCCUCACGAGGAUCCCUGGAAGCAAUCGACAUGUUGGAAGAAGAUCUGAAUCGCAACGAAACGACUCGCGCCAUGGGAUUCUUUGGCAAGAAUUCCGAAGUGGCUUGGAUGCAACGGCUCGAAAACGACAUCGAGCAGAAAAAUAUGGCUCCGCAAAGUCUGAACAACCAAGCCGGUCCGGAUCUUUCUUCGGCAGUCUUCUCGACAUCGCAAUCACAAAGUCCACUUCAGAUACCGGACAUUAUUCUCCCGGAUCAGGCGAGGAAAUACGACCGCGAAAUCCCCUUGGCGAUGAUGAAUUACCAUCUGGAUGAUUUGGAAAUCCCCAGAGUUCGCACCAACUUGGAUCCCUUGGGCGUCCCUCCGCGUGAAAUCGCCGACAAGUACUUUGAUGCGUACAUGAAAUUUAUCCAUCCGACGUUUUGCAUUCUGCGCAGGUCGACUUUUACGGCGCAGUAUCGGCAAUUCUUUGAACAAGUGAUUCAGCCGCCGAGGAAGUGGUUGGCCAUUUUGAAUAUGGUCUUUGCCAUCGGGUCGAGAUAUUGCAACUUGCUGGAGCCGGAGUUGCCGUUUACCUGGGGCGAUGGACUUUUCUAUCUGGCGAGAGCGCGACAAUUGGGGCUGCGAGAUGGGGUUUUGUUCGAGCAUACCGACUUGCAGCAAAUUCAACUGGAGUGUCUGGUGGCGGUUUAUUUGCUCCUGUUGGGUCAGAUUAACAGGGCAACAAAAUUCUCAGGAUUGGCCCUCCGCGGCGCCUUAUCGCUCGGAAUCAACCUGAAUAUCACCGAUGACCGAACACACGACGCCUCCAAAGAGGCACGCUGCCGCCUGUGGUGGUCUAUCUACUCUCUUGAACACAUCCUGAACUCAAUGCAUGGCCGGGCAUCCUGUAUUCGAGAAGGACUCUGCUCCGCCUUGCCUUCUCUCCCCUUUGAAGAAGAUACCUUUGAUCAUCCCAAAGUCUCCCAUCUUCUUCAAGAUCGAGAUUACCGCGAAUCUCAACUCCAAUACACCCUCUUCGAACCUGAAACGCAGUCUCAGCCACAAAAUGACCCGCUUCGGUCACUAAAGUCCACUCCUCCAUCCCCAGCCUUAUACUUCUACCACUGCACCGACCUCGUGCUCAUCGCACAGGCCAUUCUGAACAAAAUCUACAGUAUCGACGCGAUCCGUGACGGGCCCAGCGCGACAGAGUACCGUCUCCAAUUAUACGGUCUCCAACUCGACAAAUGGCUCUCCAAACUCUCGCCGCAUUACAAAUUCAUCAUCUCCGACGAUAAACCUUGGCACUUGGACUUUGCGGCGCUGCAAGAUCUCUCCGCGCCAUGCAUGCGCGAAAAAGUCUCGUUCGCAUUGAAUUAUUACUCUGCGCGGAUCUUGCUCUGCAGACCGUGUCUAUCCCAGCCUCAUUCUCAUCAAAAUCCCACAACAUCGCUGAACUAUGACUCGAUUCAUUCGACGAAGCUUGGUAAGGAGAUGGCACUGAAUUGUUUGCAGUCGGCUUGCUCGCUCGUCUCGAUUAUCCCGGACGAUGCCGAUCUAAGCUGGAUCAUUCGUGCGACACCCUGGUGGGGUGUUCUCCAUUUCAUCGUUCAAGCCACAACGGCACUCUUGCUAUGUUUAUCAUUCAUAACACCUCCGAGUUCGAGUUUGGGUGCAGCCUCAGCCUCAGCCUCAGCCUCGGGCUCGGGUACAGCCUCGUCAUCAAGCCCAGGUGAUCAUCAUCAUCCUCAUCGUCACCACCAACAAAACCCCCCAUACCCAACUCCUUCAAUGCGAACAACUUCCACAGCAUUCUCCUCCCUCCGUCCACCCCUCCUGCACACAGGCAGUUCCACCACCUCCGCCUCCAAAUCCACCUCAUCUUCCUCCGCAAGUCCCCAGCCUUCCUUCCCCCUCCCCCUCCCCUCGGACCAAACACAUCCCAACUUCCUCGACCUCGGAGCAAAAGACAUCCAAACGGUGAUUCUCAGCGCCAAACGCGGCCUCUCUCUAAUCCACAUCAUGGCCUCUAUCGAUCCCGCCGCCAGACGAGUAUUCCUCCUCUGCGAGGGCUUCAUGAAAAAAUUAGCCCCGGCGCUAAAUAUCGAUAUGAAAAGCGGGCAGUGGCCAAGUGUAGAUUCCUUGCAAGGUGUCAAUGAUACUACGACCACCGCGUAUUGUGAUGGGUAUGAACUUGAACAUGCGUCUUCGGAGAUGCUGUUUGGUGAUGAGUUUCGAUUUGGCGAGAUGGAGACUGAUGGGUUGUGA